AGGAAGUCUCAGACACAGAGAGAUAGGAAGAGAGAGACAGCGAGAGAGCGAGAGCGAGCGAGAGAGCUGCAGUUUAUAAACCCAGCGCUCAGCUUCACGUUCGUCCAGGAAACAUUUCUAAACCUCCGAGAAUCCAGUCAGGAAGCGAAUAAAAUGGAGGCGUUCAGUACAGGAAGUGAGAUUAGCAUUAGCUUGUGUCUGAGCAACACAGCAGCCUGGAGCAGAGGCACAGAGAUCCACACUGCAGCUUAACACACUCAUUUAAACUCCUCAUUCAUUCAUUCAUUCAUUCAUUCAUUCAUUCAUCCAUCCAUUCAUUCAUCACCCUUCGGUCAACACUUUACACCGCUCCGGAGUCAGGAGGAAACCUGGGGUUUGUUCAGAUUCUGCUCUUCAGUCAUUCACUUCCGGAUUAGCAGAAGAAGUCUUCCCUCGUCUGUCUCUGGUGUCGAUCAGACCUGCUGUGAUCUUCACUGGGAUCUGCUCCAGAUGAAUGGAGGAGAAAGUCAGGCUUUGAAAGUGUCACUUUAAACCCUUUCUGUUCCCCCUCGGAUAGAUGAGUGCAGGGAUUUCAGUCCUACAGCCUCCUGCCACAAACUACAGCUCAGCCCUGAGGCAUCGUUCGGCCAUGACGUCAGCACAGCUCAAGUACCUCUCUCUGGGUGUGCUGGUGUUCCAGACGACCACGCUGGUGCUGACCAUGCGAUACUCGCGCACGCUGCAGGCAGACGGGCCGCGUUACCUCGCCUCCUCCGCCGUGGUGCUGGCCGAGCUGCUCAAGAUCCUCACCUGCGUCUGCCUCGUCUGCAAAGAGCACAGUUACAGCGUACGUGCUCUGAGCAGCGUCCUCAGGCAGGAGAUCCUCCAUAAGCCAGUGGAGACGCUGAAGCUGGCCGUUCCCUCAGGAAUCUACACGCUGCAGAACAACCUGCUGUACCUGGCGCUUUCCAACCUCGACGCUGCUACAUACCAGGUGACCUACCAGCUGAAGAUCCUCACCACGGCCCUGUUUUCUGUCUCCAUGUUGGGCCGCAGGCUUGGUCUCUAUCAGUGGCUCUCGCUGAUCAUUUUGAUGACCGGAGUAGCUCUUGUGCAGUGGCCCACCGACUCUCCAGGUUCCCCCGAGAAGCAGGAGCCCACAACGGGGUCUCCGUUCGUGGGUUUGGUGGCCGUGUUGGUGGCCUGCUGCUCCAGCGGCUUUGCUGGGGUUUACUUUGAGAAAAUCCUCAAAGAGAGCAAGCAGAGUGUGUGGAUCAGAAACAUCCAGCUCGGUCUGUUCGGUCUGGUUUUCGGCCUGUUUGGAAUGCUGCUGUAUGACGGAGAGAGGGUGAAGGAGCAUGGAAUGCUCCAGGGUUACAACUCCAUCACCUGGACUGUGGUUUCAUUACAGGCAUUGGGAGGUCUGGUCAUAGCUGCUGUUAUUAAAUACGCAGAUAACAUUCUGAAAGGUUUCGCCACGUCCCUGUCCAUCAUCCUGUCCACGCUCAUUUCCUACUUCUGGCUGCAGGACUUUGAGCCGACGAGCAUCUUCUUCCUGGGAGCCGUGUUGGUCAUAGCCGCGACGUUCUUGUACGGCUACGAAGGCAAACCCGCGUCCAACCCGAGCCGAGCAUGACGGGAAGCCCUGGACGCCUGCAGAGAGAGCGUGGAGGACCAGGACGGAGCUGAAGAGAUGGAGGGAAACGCAGAAAUAAAAUGAGGAGGAGGAGGAGGAGGAAGGGCGGGUGAUGGAGAUGUCCGAAAGUGACUCGUAUGUUGAGCGAGAACGUUUGCUCGUCCGAGAGCUCGGAGGCGGAGAGCAGCGGUGAGCCAAACGAGCCUGCACCGUUACCACACGUGAUGAGGAAACCUCGGAGAAUGACAAAACUGUCGCGAUGUAAACGCCGUAACUCAAGUACUUGAGGAGUGCCAUUCAGUUCAGUGUGUGUGAGUGUGUGUGUGUGUGUGUGUGUGUGUGUGUGUGUGAGAGAUGAUCCGGACAAUCUGUUGAGAUGAUAAUAUAAGAUUGUGUGUAUGUGUGUGUGUUGGGUUUUUUUUUUUUUUUUUUUUUUUUUUUUUUUUUUUUUUUAUAAAGCCAUGUCAUGCACCUAAAUGCAAAAAAAAUUCUUUCCAGUUUCCAGCCUUGUGGCUCAGAAAUGAGUAUAUUCUAUUCUAUUCUAUUCUAUUCUAUUCUAUUCUAUUCUAUUCUACGCAAACUUGAAGAGAAAUUCAUAUUAAAUCAUUUUAGUAAGUAU